UUCUUCAUACCUCAAGACAAAGGCAUCCAGGAAUCCUGUUCAGCUUUUACCUCAGCUGCCACAGAUUCGCUCAAAGCCCCAGUGGCAGGCCACAUCGCCAGGUUUCCUUCUGGAAACCCAGGUCAAAGACAAGGGACAAGAUGGGCUGUCUCUCAAAGCUAGCCUUCCAAUCAGAAAUGUCCUUGGAGAUAAGCGCAGCCGGGCCUGGGAGGGGUCUGUAGGCCCAGGAAGCAGUCGGACUGCAGAAUAUGGAACUGUGGCCGAGCCAUCAUCUUCCAGACUGCGCAGCAGCACGCACACCCACCCCAAGAAGGACCGUGAGCAGUUCCGCAGUGCACUUGUCAACAUAAUCAUGCAGCAGGACUCUGCUACUGGACAUCCUUGUGCUCUAGAUGACACACAGGCCCCAUCCUCUGGAUCUCCAACUUCUAUUGAAAAAGAUAUUUUGAGGUACUACUAUUACAUCCACAAUGGCAUUGACACAGAGCAUGUGGCAGCUAUGGAGGACUCCUGGCUGGAGAAUGUUUUGGCUCUGGUCCCAUCCCAUCUGAAAAGCUUGAGUGAUACCAUUGAAGUACUCUCUGAUGAAAUGAGAGAGGAUUACUUGCUUAGUGUAAAGAAAGCCAUUGUGGAUUUUGUUCUAAGGGAUCCCAGGGAAAAGGAUGAAGCUAGUGUGAAAGAUCUCCCCCCACAUCGAGCAGAAAUGGAGGUGGUGCCAAAACCUUGGAAGAAGUCAUUCCUUUUGGCUCAGAAAAUCAUGAAGGAUAAGCUGAAUGCUAUAAAUCCCACUAUGCUAUCAGUGCUGGAUUUGUGGCAUGUCUCUUUCAAAAACCUGCGGUUGAUUGAUGUGGAGGAGUUCCACAACAGGCAGGAGUCCCUGGAACUAUCUAUUUUUCAGCAGCUGGUCAUGAGGCACAUAGAAUCUGCCAAAGAGACUUUACUCAAAAAGUGGUUUCCAGAAGUUCAACAUAUAUAUUAUCAAGGUAACAAACGGAAACUUGUCCCUAGCAACAGCAACAGUGCCAAACUGCAGUCCUUUUUCAAUUGUGCUGCAGCCUUGAUGACGGAACAGUUGCAGAAUUUAGCACUGGAUUCCAUCCAGGACUACACAAACCUCCUCGCUCAGUCUCCUGAUUCAGUUCGAGCUUUUGAGCAUCCAGGAUUCACCAUGAGGCUAGUAUUGGACAACACAAAAAUCAUCUUUGAACCAGAUUUUAAAGACUUUGAGAUUGUUCUGCUCAGCGUUUAUGAAAUCAUGCUAAAAGCCAUCAGCUUAGUACCACGGGUGGAGACUAAACUGUAUUCCGAAUGGCCUGGGACUAGGACAGGGAGCACUCUGAAGCCCACAGUCCUGCCAGAGAUCCUGGAGAACAAGAAAGAGGUGGUGAGAACUGUUAUCGAGAAGGAGAGAUCUGGUCCUGUGGAGCACAUACGUCUCUAUGACAAAUACAUCCUGCUGGUAAACAAGCAGGCUGAGCAGGAUGUGGAGCAGUUCUUGCACGAGGAGCAUUCCUUUGAAGACACCAUGAGGGAGGUCACCAAGUACCAGCAAUUAGCCAACGAGAUCCAGUACAGUUCUAUCAAGGUGAUCCGUCUGGGGAUGUUUGAAUUACACUGUGAAGAACUCAUCAGAGCUCUUGUCAAGAGAGCUGAGGGCCUGUGUAACAAAAUAGUAGCCAAGAUGAUGAAAGAUCACCAGGACAUAAACCAAGCGCUGUGUAAUGAAUUUGAAAAGAUAGCAGAGAAAGCAUUGAGUACUCCUCCAAACACUCAGGAGCUAAUGGAGCUCAAGGCAUAUGUGAGCAAGGUGGAGUCCCAGUUUAUGCCAGCACUAGAGAAGAGGCUGGUGGAGGCCAAGAACCGCCUCUCCUUUCUGGUGGAUUAUGCCACUUUCUCUCCUGUGGAAAUGCGCCUCAACAGCAGCACUUUUCAGUGGCACUCUCGUAUGCCUGAGGUGUUCGAAGAACACCAGCAGAUUGUUAAAGAGAAGACUGAACAGUAUCAGGACGGACUCAAGUUGCGGUGUGAGCGGUUUGUGGAAGAACUGGAGAGUUAUGGCAAACAGGUGGAUGAGUUUGUAACCUUUGGAGAUAUUGCGGAGCUCAACAAGUACCUGCGAAAGGCUCAAACACUGAACACCAAGCUAGAUACUGCAAUGGAAAAGAUUGACCAGUUUAAUGCAGAAGAGGAAGCAUUUGGGUGGCCUGUAUCACAAUAUCCCCAAAGAAAGAAUAUCCAAGAAAAACUGACCCCUUACCUGCGGCUGUACGAGACCACAGCAGAGUUCAAUGCCAAACACAAGGAAUGGAUAGAAGGUCCACUGUCUAGCGUCAACCCUGACAAAGUAGAAUCAGAUGUAGGCAACUAUUGGCGGGCCCUCUAUAAACUGGAGAAGGGCUUUCAGGACUCUCCCAGUGCCCUGCGCAUUGCAACCAAGGUGAAGACCAGGGUGGAGAAAUUCAAGGAACACAUCCCAUUAAUCCAAGUGCUGUGUAAUCCAGGACUACGAGAUCGUCACUGGGAAGCCAUGUCUGAGAUUGUGGGUCACCCCCUGAAGCCCAGUGAGGAUACCAAUAGUAUUUCCAAAUUUAUCCCUAUGCGUCUGGAUCCCUACCUUAGUCGCUUUGAAGGCAUCAGUGAAGCAGCAAGCAAAGAGUAUUCCCUGGAGAAGGCCAUGGAGAAGAUGGUGGUAGAGUGGGAUGAAAUGGAAUUCUCCCUUCUGCCCUAUAGAGAGACUGGCACUUCCAUCCUCUCUGCUGUUGAUGAUGUACAGAUGCUGCUAGAUGACCACAUUGUGAAAACACAGACCAUGCGUGGCUCCCCCUUCAUCAAGCCCUUUGAAAAUGAGAUACGGGACUGGGAAGGCAAACUGCUGUUGCUGCAGGAGAUCUUGGAUGAGUGGUUGAAGGUUCAGGCCACCUGGCUUUACUUGGAACCCAUCUUUAGCUCUCCAGACAUCAUGGCCCAGAUGCCAGAGGAGGGGCGCCGCUUUACCACAGUUGAUAAGACCUGGAGGGAGACAAUGAAGCAAGUGUCAUUGGACAAGCAUGUGCUGGCAGUGGUGGCAAUUGACAAGAUGCUAGAAAAGCUGAAAAAAUCCAAUGAGUUUCUGGAGCUGAUCCUAAAAGGCCUUAAUGAAUAUCUGGAAAAGAAGCGUCUCUUUUUCCCUCGUUUCUUCUUUCUGUCAAAUGAUGAGCUGCUUGAGAUUCUCUCAGAAACAAAAGAUCCAACAAGGGUGCAACCCCACUUGAAGAAGUGCUUUGAGGGCAUUGCAAGCGUGGAGUUCACUGAUGUGCUGGACAUCACUCAUAUGAAGAGUAGUGAGGGUGAGGUAGUGCAGCUUAUUGAAGUCAUCUCCACCUCCAAAGCACGCGGACAGGUGGAGAAGUGGCUGCUGGAGCUAGAAUCAGGCAUGCUGAGCUCCCUGCACAAGGUGAUUGGUGAGGCGAUAGAAGCUUAUCCCAAGAACCCGCGGAUAAACUGGGUGCGGGAAUGGCCUGGACAGACAGUGCUAUGUGUCUCUCAGAUCUACUGGACACAGGACAUUCACCAAGCCAUCAAAGGAGGACAGAAGGCCCUGGAGGCAUACCUAGACCUGAAUAACAAGCAGAUUGAUGACAUUGUGACACUGGUGAGAGGGAAGCUUUCCAAGCAGAACCGGGUAACUCUGGGGGCUCUGGUGGUGCUCGAUGUUCAUGCACGUGAUGUUCUAGCAGCACUGGUCCAGAAACGAGUCAGUAGUGAGAACGACUUUGAAUGGCUGAGCCAGCUUCGAUACUACUGGGAGGAAGGGGACCUUCAGACUAAGAUGAUCAACGCUGGUCUGGCUUAUGGCUAUGAGUAUCUUGGCAACACGCCGCGUCUGGUCAUCACCCCACUUACAGACCGCUGCUACAGGACUCUUUUUGGGGCCUUGCAUCUACAUCUUGGAGGGGCUCCUGAAGGGCCAGCUGGCACUGGGAAAACUGAAACAACGAAGGACCUGGCCAAGGCAGUUGCUAAACAAUGUGUUGUCUUCAACUGCUCCGAUGGGCUUGACUAUAUUGCACUGGGAAAAUUUUUUAAGGGCCUGCUGUCGUGUGGAGCAUGGGCUUGCUUUGAUGAGUUCAACAGAAUUGAUUUGGAAGUUCUUUCUGUUGUGGCACAGCAGAUUCUUACCAUACAAAGAGGUAUUUCUGCAGGCUCAGAAAUGCUGAUGUUUGAGGGUACAGAGCUGAAACUAGACCCCACUUGUGCUGUGUUCAUCACUAUGAACCCGGGCUAUGCUGGCCGCUCUGAGCUUCCAGAUAAUUUGAAGGCUCUCUUCCGGACAGUUGCUAUGAUGGUGCCAGAUUACGCCAUGAUUGCAGAAAUUGUGCUGUACUCCUGUGGUUUUGUCACUGCUCGGCCCUUGUCUGUGAAGAUCGUGGCCACUUACCGGCUGUGCUCUGAGCAGCUCUCCUCCCAGCACCAUUAUGACUAUGGCAUGAGGGCUGUCAAGUCAGUCCUUACUGCAGCAGGGAAUCUUAAGUUAAAGUAUCCUGAAGAAAAUGAAGACAUUUUGUUACUACGGUCUAUUAUAGAUGUUAAUCUUCCUAAGUUCUUGGCCCAUGAUUUGCCACUAUUUGAGGGGAUCACAUCAGACCUCUUUCCAGGGGUGAAGUUGCCUAAACCAGAUUACCGACUGCUGAUGGAAGCCAUCAUGGAGAACAGCAAAAAGAUGAAUCUACAAGUGACAGACUUCUUUGCAGAAAAAAUCCUUCAGAUCUUUGAAAUGAUGAUUGUGCGCCAUGGUUUUAUGAUUGUUGGAGAGCCCUUUGGUGGCAAAACUUCUGCUUACCGUGUCCUGGCUGCUGCACUCAAUGACAUCUGUGAACAGGGCCUGAUGGACGAGAAUAAGGUUCAGAUCACAGUGAUCAAUCCGAAGUCCAUCACCAUGGGUCAGCUUUAUGGCCAGUUUGACCCAGUCUCACAUGAAUGGUCAGAUGGUAUUCUAGCAGUCAGCUACAGAGCAUUUGCUACUUCCCAGACCCCAGACAGAAAGUGGCUGAUCUUUGAUGGGCCAGUGGAUGCAGUUUGGAUUGAGAACAUGAAUACAGUGCUGGAUGAUAAUAAGAAGCUAUGCCUGAUGAGUGGAGAGAUUAUCCAGAUGUCUCCCCAAAUGAGCCUUAUCUUUGAGCCCAUGGAUCUAGAGGUGGCUUCCCCUGCAACAGUGUCCCGAUGUGGUAUGAUCUACAUGGAGCCCCAUAUAUUGGGCUGGAGGCCCCUGAUGCUCUCCUGGAUACACACCAUGCCCCCUUCCGUCAGCUCAAUGCACAAGGACAUCAUCACAGGACUCUUUGAUAGGAUUGUCCCAGCCUGUCUGCAGUUUAUACGUAAAGCUACCAAGGAACUGUCCCCGACUUCAGACACCAACCUUGUUCGGUCUCUGAUGAAUCUCAUUGACUGUAUGAUGGAUGAGUUCAAAGAUGAAUCCCAGAUAAAAAGUAUGAAUGAAAGGGACAUCUGCUCAUGGCUGGAGGGGAUCUUUGUAUUUUCCCUGGUAUGGUCUGUGGGAGCCAGCUGUGUUGAGGAAGGGCGACAGAAGUUUGACAAACUGGUCAGAGAAGUUCUAGAGGGGCCAUUGAGUGAGGAAACCAGGACUCGCUUUGGCAUCUUGGAACAUGUGGAACCUCCAGCCAAGCCGCUCACUGUGUCACUGCCCACAGAAGGCACACUGUAUGAAUACAAAUUCAUUAAACAGGGUGUUGGGAGAUGGGAGCUCUGGACUGAAGAGCUGAAAUCUGCACCAUCUAUCCCACGGGAUGUGCAAUUUAAUGAAAUCAUCGUGCCAACCCUAGACACAGUCCGCUACACUGCUCUGAUGGAGCUCCUGAUUACUCACCAGAAACCUACGGUGUUCAUUGGGCCUACGGGCACAGGGAAGAGCGUUUACAUCAUUGAUUUCUUGUUAAACCGCCUUAACAAGGACAUCUACAUGCCAUUGCUCAUUAACUUCUCAGCCCAGACCACAGCUGCACAAACCCAGAACAUUAUCAUGUCCAAACUAGAUAAACGAAGGAAGGGUGUCUUUGGGCCACCCUUGGGGAAGAAAACGGUGGUGUUUGUGGAUGAUGUUAACAUGCCAGCACGAGAGGUAUAUGGUGCCCAGCCACCAAUAGAGUUACUGCGACAAUGGUUGGACCAUUGGAACUGGUAUGAUAUGAAAGACUGCUCUAUGCUCAAACUGGUAGACAUCCAGAUCAUGUGUGCAAUGGGACCCCCUGGGGGUGGAAGAAAUCCAGUCACACCACGUUUCUUACGCCAUUUCAACACUGUAACUAUCAAUGAAUUUGAUGAAAAAUCCAUGUAUACCAUCUUCUCCAGGAUUCUAGACUGGCAUCUCACCAUACGGUUUAGCUUUCCUAAAGAGUUUGCCGUGCUCACUCCUCUGGUGAUCCAUAGUACUAUGGCUGUAUACAAGGAGGCCUCCAAGAAUCUGCUGCCCACACCAGCCAAGUCCCAUUAUCUCUUCAACUUGCGGGACUUCUCACGUGUCAUCCAGGGCAUCUGCUUGUCACGACCCGAGACUGCCGACAUCCCUGCUGCUAUCAAGCGCCUCUGGGUGCACGAGGUGCUGAGGGUAUAUUAUGAUAGGCUGGUGGACAACUCUGACCGCUCAUGGGUGGUCGGUUACCUGCAAGAGGUGUGCCAGAGUCAUAUGCGUGAAGACUUCCACCAACUCUUUCGUCACCUUGCUCAGGCUGAGGAUGGGAAGGUGACAGAGGAUGACCUGCGCAGCCUCAUGUUCUGUGACUUUCAUGAUCCCAAGGGUGAGGACCAAAAUUACAGAGAGGUGGGCAACCUGGACCAGCUGAGGCAGGUGGUGGAGACUCACCUGGAGGAGUUCAACAAUAUCAGCAAGAAGCCCAUGAACUUGGUUCUGUUCCGCUUUGCCAUUGAGCAUGUGUGUCGCAUUUCCCGUGUGCUGAAGCAGCCUCGUGGCCAUGCCCUGCUGGUGGGAGUGGGUGGGAGUGGGCGGCAGUCCCUCACCCGCCUGGCUGCCCACAUGGCUGAAACUGAGCUGUUCCAGGUGGAGAUUUCCAAGAGCUAUGGCUCUUCUGAGUGGCGGGAGGACCUGAAACACAUCCUGAGAAAGUCAACAGAAGGGGAGACACAUGGUGUGUUCCUCUUCACUGACACACAGAUUAAGAAGGAGUCCUUUCUGGAAGACAUCAGCAACCUGCUAAACACAGGCGAGGUCCCCAAUCUAUUCGCUGUAGAUGAGAAGCAGGAGAUCUGUGAGCGUAUGCGUGUGCUGGACCGUCAACGUGAUCGGGACAAGCAGACAGAUGGCAGCCCCCUUGCACUCUUCAACAUGUUCCUAGAGCGCUGUCGGAGUCAGCUACAUGUGGUGCUAGCCAUGAGCCCCAUUGGGGACACCUUCCGCAAUCGCCUGCGACGCUUCCCUGCUCUUAUCAACUGCUGUACUAUCAACUGGUUCCAGACAUGGCCAGAGGAUGCCUUGCAGGCUGUAGCCUCUCGUUUCCUGGAGGAUAUUGAAAUGACUGAGGAGACACGCGCAGGCUGCAUAGACAUGUGCAAGAGCUUCCACACCACCACUAUUGAGUUAUCGGCCCGCUUUCACACCGAGUUGCAGCGUCAUAACUAUGUCACACCCACCUCUUAUCUGGAGCUCAUCUCUACUUUCAAGGCUUUGCUUGAAAAGAAGAGAACUGAGGUUAUGAAGUUGAAGCGCCGCUACGAGGUGGGUUUGGAGAAACUGGAGUCUGCAGCAGCACAAGUGGCGACCAUGCAGGUUCAGCUAGAGGCUCUGCAGCCACAGCUCAAGGUUGCCAGCAAGGAGGUGGAUGAGAUGAUGGUGGUAAUUGAGCGAGAAUCCAUUGAGGUGGCCAAGACAGAGAAGAUUGUGAAGUCGGAUGAGGCAGUAGCCAAUGAGCAGGCCACGGCAGCCAAGGCGAUCAAGGAUGAGUGUGAUGCUGACCUAGCUCAUGCCUUGCCCAUCCUGGAGUCGGCACUGGCUGCUCUAGACACCCUCACCCCUCAGGACAUCACAGUAGUAAAGUCGAUGAAGAGCCCCCCUGCGGGUGUCAAGGUGGUGAUGGAGGCCAUCUGCAUCUUGAAGGGCAUCAAGCCUGACCGUGUCCCAGACCCCUCAGGGUCUGGGAAGAAGGUGGAGGACUUCUGGGGCCCUGCCAAGAAACUCCUUGGAGACAUGAAGUUCCUGCAGAGUCUUCAUGAGUAUGACAAGGACAACAUUCCCCCCAGCUACAUGGGGAUCAUCCGGAAGCAGUACAUCACCAACCCUGAGUUCGUCCCUGAAAAGAUCCGGAAUGCUUCUACUGCUGCUGAGGGGCUCUGUAAAUGGGUCAUUGCCAUGGACUCCUAUGACAAGGUAGCAAAAGUGGUGGCCCCUAAGAAGGAGAAACUUGCUCAAGCAGAAGGGGAGUUAAAGGUUGCCAUGGAGAGCCUACGGAAGAAACAGGCAGCACUGAAGGAGGUCCAGGAUAAGCUGGCCAAGCUGCAGAAUACACUGGAAACCAACAAGAUAAAAAAAGCAGACCUUGAGAAUCAGGUGGACCUAUGCAGCAAAAAGCUGGACCGGGCAGAGCAGCUGAUUGGAGGCCUGGGAGGAGAGAAGAGCCGCUGGAGUAUCACAGCCCAAGAGCUGGGGGUGCUGUACACCAACCUGACUGGAGACAUACUCAUCUCCUCAGGCAUUGUUGCGUACCUGGGUGCCUUCACCUCCAAUUACAGACAGACUCAGACAGAGGAGUGGGCAGAAUUGUGUAAAAAAAGACAGAUCCCCUGCUCUCAGGAAAUAUCUUUGAUGAACAGUCUGGGAGAACCAGUGAAGAUCCGUGCCUGGACCAUUGCAGGCCUGCCUUCAGACAGCUUCUCUAUUGACAAUGGAAUCAUCAUCUCAAAUGCAAGGAGAUGGCCUUUGAUGAUAGAUCCCCAAGGACAGGCUAACAAGUGGGUGAAGAACAUGGAGAAAGCCAACAGCCUACACAUCAUCAAACUGAGUGACUCUGACUUUGUCCGCACCCUUGAGAACUGCAUCCAGUUUGGCACGCCUGUGCUGUUGGAGAAUGUUGGGGAAGAACUGGACCCCAUUUUGGAACCUCUGCUGCUCAAGCAGACUUUCAAACAAGGCGGCAGUGUCUGUAUCCGGCUGGGAGACUCAACUAUUGAAUAUGCCCCCGACUUCCGCUUCUACAUCACCACCAAGCUGAGGAACCCCCACUACCUUCCUGAGACCUCUGUCAAGGUGACACUGCUGAAUUUUAUGAUCACCCCUGAGGGGAUGCAAGACCAGCUGCUGGGCAUUGUGGUGGCGCGUGAGAGGCCUGACCUCGAAGAGGAGAAACAGGCGCUCAUCUUGCAGGGAGCUGAGAACAAGAGGCAGCUAAAAGAGAUCGAGGACAAGAUCCUAGAAGUACUGUCCUCCUCUGAGGGAAACAUUUUGGAGGACGAGACAGCCAUAAAGAUCUUGUCCUCCUCCAAGGUCCUGGCCAACGAAAUCUCAGAGAAGCAAGCUGUGGCAGAGACCACCGAGAAGAAGAUUGAUGAAACACGGAUGGGCUACCGGCCAAUUGCUGUCCAUUCCUCCAUCCUCUUUUUCUCUAUCGCAGAUCUGGCUAACAUCGAACCAAUGUACCAGUACUCUCUAACCUGGUUCAUCAACCUUUUCAUAAUGUCCAUUGAGAACUCGGAUAAGAGUGACAUGCUAGACCAGAGACUACAGAUCUUGAGAGAGCACUUCACCUACUCUCUGUAUGUCAACGUGUGUCGCUCACUUUUUGAGAAGGACAAGCUACUCUUCUCUUUCUGCCUUAACGUCAACUUGCUCAAGCAUGAGAAGAUGGUGGACGAUAUGGAGUGGAGGUUCCUGUUAACAGGGGGGGUAGGCCUGGAUAACCCUCAUUCUAACCCCUGCACCUGGCUGCCCCAGAAGUCAUGGGAUGAGAUCUGUCGUCUGGAUGACCUGGAGCGCUUCAAGAAUUUGCGGCGAGACUUCGCUCGGCUGAAGGAUGGCUGGAAGGAGGUGUACGACAGCAUGGAGCCACACCACACUGCUUUUCCCCAGGAGUGGCAGGACAAGCUGGGCCAGUUCCAAAGAAUGCUCAUCAUCCGCUGCCUGCGGCCAGACAAGAUCAUUCCCAUGGUGCAGGAGUUUGUUUCCAACAGCCUUGGUCAUCAGUUCAUUGAGGUGCCCCCUUUCAACCUUGGCAAGGCAUUUGUGGACAGUCACUGCUGUGCCCCUCUCAUCUUUAUCCUGUCACCCGGCUCCGAUCCCAUGGCUGCUCUGCUUAAAUUCGCAGAUGAUCAGGGUUUUGGUGGUGCCAAGCUGAGCUCAUUGUCACUAGGUCAGGGCCAGGGUCCUAUUGCCAUGAACAUGAUUACAAAAGGCGUGAAGGAGGGCACAUGGGUAGUGCUGCAGAACUGCCACCUAGCUACCUCUUGGAUGCCCAUUCUGGAGAAAGUGUGUGAGGAGCUGAAUCCAGACACCACUCACCCUGACUUCCGGCUGUGGCUGACCAGCUAUCCGUCACCCACAUUCCCUGUGUCUGUGCUUCAGAAUGGGGUGAAGAUGACCAAUGAGGCACCCAAGGGGCUGCGGUCCAACAUUGCCCGCUCCUUCCUCAUGGACCCCAUUUCUGACCCUGAUUUCUUCGACAGCUGCAACAAGCCGGCAGAGUUUAAGAAGCUUCUGUAUGGGCUGUGCUUCUUCCAUGCACUGGUACAAGAGAGGCGCAAGUUUGGUCCCCUGGGUUGGAACAUUCCCUAUGAGUUUAAUGAGACAGACCUCCGCAUCUCUGUUCAACAACUACACAUGUUUCUCAACCAGUAUCAGGAGGUACCUUUUGAUGCUAUCCGCUACAUGACAGGAGAGUGUAACUACGGGGGACGUGUGACAGAUGACUGGGACCGCCGUACUCUGCGCAGCAUCCUCUCUGUAUUCUACACCCCUGAGAUCAUAGACAACCCUGACUACAAGUUUGAUUCCAGCGGUCUCUACUAUUCACCCCCUGAGGGAGAGUAUAACAGCUACAUUGAAUAUACCAAGACUCUCCCUCUGAACCCUUCACCUGAGAUCUUUGGCAUGAACUCCAAUGCUGACAUCACCAAGGACCAGGCUGAGACGCAGCUGCUCUUUGACAGUAUCCUACUCACACAGAGUGACACCUCCUCCCGCUCCUCUGGGGGUGACACUAAGUCUUCUGAUGACAUGGUGUUUGAGGUAGCGGCAGACAUCCUGAGUAAGCUGCCCUCCAACUUCGACCUGGAAGCAGCCAUGCGCAAGUUUCCCACCACCUACGCUCAAAGUAUGAACACAGUGCUUGUUCAGGAGAUGGGUCGGUUCAACAAGCUGCUGCAGACAAUCCGGGAUUCCUGUAUUAACAUACAGAAAGCUAUCAAGGGUCUGGUGGUAAUGUCUGCAGAGCUGGAGGAAGUGGUAAACAGCAUUUUGAAGGGGCGCAUUCCUGGGAUGUGGAUGAAGAAGUCCUACCCCAGUCUGAAGCCACUGGGCAGCUAUGUCAAUGAUUUCCUUGCUAGGCUGAAGUUCUUGCAGGACUGGUAUGAGAAUGGCACCCCUGCUGUGUUCUGGCUCUCUGGGUUUUUCUUCACCCAGGCCUUCUUGACAGGUGGGCAGCAAAACUAUGCCCGCAAGCACACCAUCCCCAUCGACCUUCUGGGCUUCGACUUUGAGGUGCUGGAUGAUAAAGAAUACCGGCAGCCCCCUGAGGAUGGUGUGUACAUCAGGGGACUGUUCCUGGAUGGCGCUCGAUGGGACCGCAAAACCAAACUUCUAGCAGAGUCCUUCCCCAAAGUGCUGCAUGACACCGUGCCAGUGAUGUGGCUGAAGCCAUGUAAGAGGCAGGACAUAUCCCAGAGGAUGAGCUACACUGCCCCCCUCUACAAGACCAGCGAGCGCAGGGGCACACUGUCCACCACAGGACACUCCACCAACUUCGUCAUCGCCAUGACGCUGCCUUCUGAUCGGCCCCCAGAACACUGGAUUGGACGUGGCGUGGCACUGCUGUGCCAGCUCAACUCCUAAUACCCCUUUCCAAGGCUUUUCAAUGUCCCUGUGGCCUAAUGUGAAAAACAACCGGCACUUUAAGUUUAUGAAUAUUACAUUGGCUUUUCAGAACCUUCAUUUUUAUUAGAGUUUUCAAUUUGUUUUCAUUUAUUAAAUUUAGGAAAGUAAAGUAGGUACUGUAUUAUUUGUAACACUUCAUUAAAAAACAAUAUAAAAAUGGUUGUGUGCCCAUUUCAGUUUUGAUAUGUUGUAUUAAUAAGUUGCAUGAACUAUGUUCAGUG